AUGGACGCUUCAGAACCCAACCAGCAGGCAUUUGUAGACGAGGCCACCGAGGCGGCGCCGCAUUCAUCUAAAACGCACAACGAUGGUGACCAGAUCCUCGAGAGCCUAGGCUAUACGCCCCAGCUACAGCGUAACCGAUCAACCCUCCAGGUUGCCUUCAUGGCCUUUGUCCUUGCCUCGAUCCCUUACGGACUUGCAACAACCUUCAACCCACCUGUCACUACUGGAGGUCCGGUGAACAUUAUCUGGGGCUGGGUAGCCGUCUCGGCCAUGAUCAUCUGCGUCGCUGCGUCUCUUGGGGAAAUUACGAGCGUAUACCCCAUCGCGGGAGGUGUAUACUAUCAAACCUUUAUGCUAGCGCCCGCCCAUUGGCGCCGCGAGGCUAGUUGGAUCUGUGGCUGGCUGUUCGUUGUUGGUAACAUCAGUAUCACUCUAUCUGUGACUUUCGGCACUACAUUAUUCAUUGUCGCCGUUAUCAACCUUUUUGAAGCCGCACCCGGUGUAGGAGUCCUCGCUGGCGAACCAUACCAGGUAUAUUUAAUAUUCGUUGGUGUCACCGUGUUUAGCAAUGCUGUCUCAGCUCUGGGCAAUAAGUGGCUGCCAUGGCUGGAUACGGCCGCCAUUUUCUGGACCUUUGCUGGUGUCAUUGCGCUCAUGAUCUCCAUUCUCGUUCUCGCAAAGGAAGGCCGUCGCGACGCCAAAUGGGUCUUUACCCAUUUUGAGAAUAAUUCUGGUUGGCCCGAUGGAUGGGCAUUCUGCGUUGGACUACUUCACGCUGCAUACGCUACGUCUUCAACUGGCAUGAUCAUUUCCAUGUGCGAAGAAGUCAAAAAACCCGACACCCAAGUCCCCAAAGCAAUGGUCGCUACUGUCUUCAUCAAUACACUCGCCGGCCUGCUCUUCUGCAUCCCCAUCUGUUUUGUCCUCCCCGACCUGAAAUACCUUGCCAGUCUUCCCUCGGCUCAGCCUAUCCCUCCGACCAUCAAGGCCGCCGUUGGAUCCUCCGGUGGUGCGUUUGGGCUGUUAUUGCCGCUAGUUGUUCUGGGUAUUAUCUGCGGCAUCGGCUGCAUCACUGCUUCAUCUCGCUGCAUCUGGGCGUUUAGCCGUGAUGGAGCUAUGCCAGGAGCCCAGAUUUGGGCGAGGGUCAACGAGCGGCUAGACGUUCCUCUCAACGCCAUGAUUCUUAGUAUGGUUUUGCAUUUGCUGCUUGGCUUGAUCUACUUUGGGUCGUCAGCGGCAUUCAAUGCCUUCUCGGGUGUCGGUGUGCUAACUCUUAACGCUUCUUACGCAACACCGGUCGCAAUCAACCUUCUCACCAAGAGGCAGCAAGUCAAGGGAGCUAAAUUCCCGCUUGGCAAAUUCGGAUAUGUCGCUAAUUCUGUGGCUGUCGCCUGGUCCAUACUCGCAAUCCCGCUCUUCUGCAUGCCUCUUACUCUGCCAGUCACGGUGACCAGUGUUAACUAUGCUGCUGUCCUCUUUGCUGCCACCUGUCUUAUCUCGGGCGGCUGGUAUUGGGCGUGGGGCUACAGACACUACUCAGGGCCACCAUUCGCCACCGGCGCACAUCUAGAAUAG